AUUGCUUGCAGCCCUGGUUGUAUGCUUGUUUAAAUCAGAAACACUAUCGGUCACACUGUUCUGCUGAAUAAAAAGUAUUUGUGUAGGUUGAUCUAAUUUUAAUAUUCCCGAAUGUCAAAGCUUUUUCAGCACAACCAAAUUAAUGAAUCACCGAAAAAUGCCGCAAGUCUUACACUCGACAAUUCUCAAUUCGCUUCAUGGCGUUCUCAGUUCUAUUCCUUGCCCCUAAAUCGUCUGGCACAGAACGUUUGUACUGCGAGUGAUCCAAUCAAAGCCUGUUUGCGUCAGGAUGCAAAGACAGUGGCUAUUCCUGGCAAAGUACGCCAUGAGUUGGACAAUGCGAUUAAGGCAACAGUUGAUGGUCCAAAUUGGCUAUGCACCGGUCUUGAUCUGUUGCGUCUGGCCAUGAAAAAGGAUUGCGAACUGUCUGUCGCAUAUUUGAUCUAUUGGCACAAGCUGGAGCGUUGCAAUUAUGUUCUUAACUCGGUAAUCGAACUACUGGCACAAUGUGAGCCACUGGAUGGACGCACCUUUCAGUAUCUGAUGAAGCACACAGUGCCUGACGGCGGCAACUGGCAAAUGUUUGUGAAUCUCGUCCAAAAGUAUGGGAUUAUGCCAAAGAUGUGCUAUCUAGCCAGCUGGUCGUCAUCCCGUACACUUCAUCUUAACAAGAUGCUCAGAAGUAAACUGCACGAGUUUAGCAGCCAGUUGCACGCUCAGUUUACCUUCGAUGGCGAUGCCAGUAACUUGCCCUCAAUGCAUAUGCUGAUGAUGGAGGAGUUGUACAAGAUAAUCAACAUUUGCUUGGGAACACCGCCGUUGCAGUUCAAAUGGAACUUUAAAAAUGAAGAUAACGUCAAGAGUUUCACACCAAUGAGCUUUUAUCAGCGUUUGGUGGCACCGUUCUAUAGUCUUGAUGCCCAAAUCUGUUUGGGCCACGAUCCGCGCCUCAGCUCCAGCUAUCAUAGAAACUAUCGCAUAGCCUACAGCUCCAAUAUGAUUGAUGGACUGCAGCAAAGCUACAACAAUCAACCCAUGGAUGUGCUGCUAGAGAUCAUGGUAUCAUCCCUUUCCGCUGGCUCGGCCGUUUGGCUCGCCUGUGAUCUGCACACAAUAUUUAAUGGCAAAUCCGAAAUACUCAGCCUGGAUAUGCACAACUUUGAGCAGGUAUUUGGCAUGCCCUUGGGAAUGGAACUGAAUAAAGCCCAGCGUCUGGUCUACAAAGGAACGCGUCGUAAUACUGCAUUACUGCUGACUGAGGUUACCUUGGAUGCACUGCAGCAACCGUUGCAAUUUCGCACAAUUGCGAAAGCAACAGAAAGUGUCAAGAAAACACAAUCCCACAGCAGUUUUCAAUUGACAGCCAUGGCUGACGGUGAUGUUGGCAGUGAGGCUGAAACUCAAACUGAGUCAGUCAAGCGCAAGACGGCCAAAGGCAACAGAACCGCACUGAACGUCGAUUGGCUGCGGGAAUAUGCCUUUGAGAUAGUUAUCGAUUCACGCUUUGUGCCACCAGGCGUGUUGCAUGCGGCUAAAACUCAACCCAGAGUUGAACUGCCCAUUUGGGAUCCCAUGGGCGCACUGCUCUCUUGAUGAGUUGUGAGUGCCCCAGGUGAUGGCAUUUCAAUGUCCAAGUUAAAUUCAAGAUCAAAAAUAUAUUUAACAAUCACAAACGAAUCAUAAGAUACUUAUAAUUUUAAAAUUAUCGUAGCACACAUUUCACGUUGCCAAAUUAAUCAAAUAAUUGAAUUCCUAUGUAAUACCAUUGAA